AUGACAAAUUUCCAGCAACGACCCGCCAGCGCAUCUACCAUCCGAGCUCGUGACGGCAAGUACACGCUCUUUCUACGCGUGCACUCUGCUCGAGGUCUGCCUGUGUUGGCGAAAAACUUUUACUGCAAACUCUAUAUCGGUGAUACAGCCAUAGCUGGUGGUUUUGGCCGGGCGAAAACACUUAUUGGACUCGACACGACACAAGGCGGCAGGCACCAAACGUUUCAUACGAGAGUGCAGUCGACAGCAUCGCGGGCAUAUGUCGAGUGGAAUGAAAAGUUCCAGCUCAACGUGAGUGAUCCUCUUACUGACGUGUUGACGAUUCGAGUGAAGAACCACAUCAUGUUCUACAGUCCGACAGUUGGGGCGCGUGUCGUUCACUUGCGGCAAUUGUCACUCGGGUCGACAGUGGACGAAUGGUUUCCAUUGCUGAAAAACGAUAGGGCAGGUGGGCAGAUAAGACUUCAGCUCUGUCUGCAGGAAACGGCUGGCGCACCUGUGCCAGCACGUCGUUAUUCGCAAGCUAAUGUUGAAAUGGUUCAGAGGUUGAUGUUUCAAUAUCGCGAUGUAGAAGAAGCUGACCGACGGGAGUCGGAUGCGUAUCAUCAGAGAAGGAUUGAGGACGGCACCGGCAGCGGACUGUAA